CCAUCAUACCCAGAAUGCAAAGUGAGACGCCGAAACCUCAGCAGCAGCGGCAGCAGCAGCUCAAGCUUCCCAGGUUAUCAUGGCGAUAAGAGGCACAUCUUCUCCCUGAAUCUCCCGCAGCAACAAAGGAUAUUUCCCCCGCUACAUGGUAGCAAACACUGGGUCUCAUGCAGCGAGGAGACCUGCCGGAGUUUUAACCCAGAUUGGAGAAAGGACAUAGCGAGUGACCGUCAUGGCAGCGUCGGAGCUGUACACAAAGUGCGCUCGGGUGUGGAUCCCCGAUGCAGAGGAGGUGUGGAAGUCGGCUGAGCUGACCAAGGACUACAAAAAUGGCGACCCCUCCCUGCAGCUUAUGCUGGAGGAUGGAACGAGCCUUGAGCACAAACUGGACCCCAAGACGAAGAACCUGCCUUACCUGCGAAACCCCGACAUCCUGGUGGGCGAAAAUGACCUUACAGCGCUCAGCUACCUCCACGAGCCGGCCGUGUUGCACAACCUCAAAGUCCGCUUCGUCGACUCCAAGCUCAUCUACACUUACUGUGGAAUCGUUCUGGUGGCCAUCAACCCAUACGAGACGCUGCCAAUCUACGGCUCAGACAUCAUCAAUGCCUACAGCGGGCAAAACAUGGGCGACAUGGACCCGCAUAUCUUCGCCGUGGCAGAGGAGGCUUACAAACAGAUGGCCAGGGAUGAGAGGAACCAGUCGAUCAUUGUGAGCGGAGAGUCCGGAGCAGGAAAGACUGUAUCAGCCAAAUACGCCAUGAGAUACUUUGCUACGGUCAGCGGCUCUGCCAGCGAGGCCAACGUAGAGGAGAAAGUGCUGGCUUCUAAUCCCAUCAUGGAGGCCAUCGGAAAUGCAAAGACAACCCGAAAUGACAACAGCAGUCGCUUCGGUAAAUACAUCGAGAUCGGUUUCGACACCCGGUUCCGAAUCAUCGGCGCCAACAUGAGGACAUAUCUGCUGGAGAAAUCACGAGUGGUGUUUCAGGCGGACGAGGAGAGGAAUUAUCAUAUCUUCUAUCAGCUCUGUGCUUCAUCCCAUCUGCCUGAGUUCAAGACUCUGAAGCUAAGCAGUGCAAACGACUUCUUGUACACCAGACAGGGCCGCAGCCCCGUCAUCGACGGCGUGGACGACACCAAGGAGCUUUGCACCACUCGCAAUGCCUUCACACUGCUCGGUAUUAAUGAGUCCUAUCAGAUGGGGUUGUUCCAGGUUUUGGCUGCUAUUCUUCAUCUGGGAAACGUGGAGAUUAAAGACAGAGACUCAGACAGCAGCGUCAUUCCUCCCAAUAAUCGCCACCUGACGGCGUUCUGCGACUUGGUAGGCGUGACCUAUCAGGACAUGUCUCAGUGGCUGUGCCACAGGAAGCUGAAGACGGCCACAGAAACGUAUAUCAAGACUAUCCCCCGCCUGCAGGCCACCAACGCCCGUGACGCUCUGUCCAAACAUAUCUACGCCAAGCUUUUCAACUGGAUUGUGGAGCACGUUAACAAAGCCCUAAUCACCAAUGUCAAACAGCACUCCUUCAUCGGGGUCCUCGACAUCUACGGGUUUGAGACAUUUGAGAUCAACAGCUUUGAGCAGUUCUGCAUCAACUACGCUAAUGAGAAACUCCAGCAGCAGUUCAACAUGCAUGUGUUCAAGCUGGAGCAGGAGGAGUACAUGAAGGAGCAGAUCCCGUGGACUCUGAUCGACUUCUACGACAAUCAGCCCUGCAUCAACCUCAUAGAAGCCAAGAUGGGCGUCCUGGACCUGUUGGAUGAAGAGUGCAAGAUGCCUAAAGGUUCAGAUGAUUCAUGGGCUCAGAAACUCUACAACACACACCUAAAGACCUGCUCCCUCUUCGAGAAGCCGCGCAUGUCUAACCGCGCCUUCAUCAUCCAACAUUUUGCUGACAAGGUGGAGUACCAGUGUGAUGGCUUUCUGGCGAAGAACAAGGACACAGUGAAUGAAGAACAGAUCAAUGUCCUGAAGGCCAGCAAGAAGUUUGACCUGCUGGUGGAGCUGUUUCAGGACGAGGAGAAAGCCACCAGCCCCACCGGUCAGGUCCAAGGCACCGGAGGCCGGACCCGCCUCAGCAUCAAACCCGACAAGAGCCGAGAGAAGAGCAGCAAGGAGCACAAGAAGACCGUCGGCUGCCAGUUUCGUAACUCUCUACAAAUGCUGAUGGAGACACUGAAUGCAACCACUCCGCACUACGUACGCUGCAUCAAACCCAAUGACUUCAAACUGGCCUUCACGUUUGAUCCCAAGCGUGCAGUGCAGCAGCUCAGAGCCUGUGGUGUCCUGGAAACAAUCCGCAUCUCUGCUGCAGGUUUCCCAUCCAGAUGGACGUACCAGGAGUUCUUUAGUCGUUACAGAGUGCUGAUGAAGCAAAAGGAUGUGUUACCUGACAAGAAGAUGACCUGCAGGAACGUUCUGGAGAAACUUGUUCAGGACCAGGAUAAAUACCAGUUUGGUAAGACCAAGAUCUUCUUCAGGGCUGGCCAGGUUGCCUACCUGGAGAAGUUGAGGGCAGACAAGUUGCGUGCUGCUUGCAUCCGCAUCCAGAAAACUAUUCGCUGCUGGCUGGCACGCAAGAAGUAUCUGCGCAAGCGCAGCGCUGCCAUCACCAUCCAGAGAUACACCAGAGGAUACCAGGCUCGCUGCCUGGCAAAGUUCAUGCGUCGCACUCAGGCGGCCACCAUCAUCCAGAAGUACCAGAGGAUGUACGUGGAGAAGAAACGUUACAGGCAAAAGCAGGCUGCCGCUCUGGCCAUGCAGACCAUUCUCAGAGCCUACAUGGCCCGGCAGAAGUACCAGGCGCUGCUGCGGGAGCACAAGGCGGUGAUCAUUCAGAAGCGCGUUCGUGGCUGGUUGGCUCGGUGCUGGUACAAGCGCUGUCUCGUCUCCAUCGUCUACCUGCAGUGCUGCAUCCGCAGGAUGAGGGCCCGGCGCGAGUUGAAGAAGCUGAAGAUCGAGGCUCGCUCAGUGGAGCACUUCAAGAAGCUCAACAAAGGCAUGGAGAACAAGAUCAUGCAGCUACAGAGGAGAAUCGACGAGCAGAGCAAGGAAAAUCGGACGGUCAACGAGAGGCUAAUCGGUCUGGAGAGUUCCUACACAGCAGAGACCGAGCGUAUGCGUGGCGACCUGAACCGUCUCCGCGGGGUGGAGGAGGAGGCCAAGAACAAAACCAACCAGGUCACCUCGCUGCUGGAGGAGCUGGAGAGGCUGAGGAAAGAGCUGAGCGCCACACAGCAGGAGAAGAAGACCAUCGAGGACUGGGCGCAAACCUACAGGGACGAAAUGGAGAAAAUGGUCUCGGAGCUGAAGGAUCAGAAUGGGUCGCUGAAGAAAGAGAAGGACGACUUGAACAGGUUGAUUCAGGAACAGAGUCAGCAGAUGACAGAGAAAAUGGCUCGUGCAAUCGCACAGGAGACUCAGCAGCUGGAGACGGAUCUGAACGAGGAGCGCUCUCGCUACCAGAAUCUCCUGACAGAACACCUUCGCCUCGAGGAGAAGUACGACGACCUGAAGGAGGAAAUGGUUUCCUCGAACGUCUCCAAGCCUGGCCACAGGAGAACAGAUUCCACCCACAGCAGCAACGAAUCAGAGUACACCUACAACUCAGAGUACGCCGAAUUGGAAGAAGGUUCCCGUGCCGCAGAAGAUGUGACACGAGGAAUAGAUACCUCGCUGACCCUCAAGCUGCAGAAACGUCUCACAGAGCUGGAGCAAGAAAAGCAAUCGCUGCGUAACGAGCUGGAAAACAAAGAGGAGCAGUUCCAGCGGGCUAGAGCCAGGGAUGACGCAGAGUUUAAAAAGGCUCGUGGUGCGGAGCUGGAGUACGAGUCCCUGAAGCGUCAGGAGCUGGAGUCAGAGAACAAGAAGUUGAAACAUAACCUGGCGGAGAUGAGGCAAAGCCUGCUGGGUGACGCAGCUGCAGGCGCAGGGGCCCCGGGCUCCCCGGCUUACAAAGUACUCCUGGAGCAGCUCAACGCCUCCUGUGAGGAGCUGGACGUCCGCAAGGAGGAGGUGCUGAUCCUGCGCUCGCAACUGGUCAGCCAGAAGGAAGCCAUGCACCACAAGGAUGAGAAGGAGACCAUGACCGAACCGUCUGUCUAUGCUGAGGACGUAUCCAAACUGAAGGAUGCUGAUGAACUCAAGCAAGCUUGCAUAGGCCUCAAAGACACCAACAGGUUACUGGAGCACCAGGUGCAGACUCAGCGGAGAACUUAUGAAAACGAGGUGGAGGCUUUGCGCGGCGAGCUGCAAAAUGUGAAGGAGGAGAACAACCGUCAGCAGCAGCUCUUGGCACAAAACCUCCAGCUGCCUCCAGAGGCCCGAAUCGAAGCCAGUCUGCAGCACGAGAUCACCCGACUCACCAACGAGAACCUGGAUCUAAUGGAACAGCUGGAGAAGCAGGACCGAACCAUCCGCAAGCUCAAGAAGCAGCUGAAGGUUUACUCCAAGAGGAUCGGAGAGAUGGGAGCGGGUCAAACCGAAGGCCAGACUUCUCCGGGACAGAUGGUGGAAGAGCCGAUCCAUCCUGUCAACAUUCCCCGCAGGGAGAAAGAUUUCCAAGGAAUGCUGGAGUACAAGAAGGAGGAUGAGCUCAAACUGGUCAAGAACCUCAUCCUAGAGCUGAAGCCUCGCGGUGUAGCCGUGAAUCUGAUCCCAGGUCUGCCAGCCUACAUCCUGUUCAUGUGUCUGAGACACGCAGACUAUGUCAACGAUGACCAGAAGGUCCGCACUCUGCUCACCUCGACCAUCAACAGUAUUAAGAAGAUCCUGAAGAAACGAGGAGAUGACUUUGAGACCGUUUCCUUCUGGCUGGCAAACACCUGCCGCUUCUUACACUGUCUGAAACAAUACAGCGGGGACGAGGCCUUCAUGAAGCACAACACAUCGAGGCAGAACGAACACUGUCUGUCCAACUUCGACCUGGCAGAGUACAGACAAGUGAUCAGUGACUUGGCCAUCCAGAUCUACCAACAGCUGAUCAAAUGCAUGGAGAACAUCCUCCAACCUAUGAUAGUCUCUGGUAUGCUGGAACAUGAGACCAUCCAGGGCGUGUCUGGGGUGAAGCCCACAGGUCUCCGCAAGCGAACAUCCAGCAUCGCUGACGAGGGCACCUACACUCUGGACUCCAUCCUGCGGCAGCUCAGCGCCUUCCACUCCACCAUGUGCCAGCACGGCACCGACCCCGAGCUCAUCAAACAGGUGGUGAAGCAGCAGUUCUACAUCAUCGGAGCCGUCACCCUCAACAACCUGCUGCUGCGCAAGGACAUGUGCUCCUGGAGUAAAGGCAUGCAGAUCAGGUACAAUGUGAGCCAGCUGGAGGAGUGGCUCAGAGACAAAGGUCUGAUGACAUGCGGAGCCAAGGAGACUCUGGAGCCUCUGAUCCAGGCCGCUCAGCUGCUGCAGGUGAAGAAGAAGACUGACGAGGAUGCCGAGGCCAUCUGCUCCAUGUGCCUGGCCCUCACCACUGCUCAGAUUGUGAAAGUCCUGAACCUCUACACUCCAGUCAACGAGUUUGAGGAGAGAGUGUCUGUUGCAUUUAUACGAACCAUACAGACUCGCUUGCGAGACCGCUGUGAGAGUCCCCAGUUGUUGAUGGACACGAAGAUGAUUUAUCCGGUCACUUUCCCAUUCAGCCCUUCCUCCCUCGCUCUGGAAACCAUCCAGAUCCCCAGCUCACUCAACCUGGCGUUCCUCACCCGUGUCUAAACCCAUACACAAUCAUCACAGGAGAAAUAAACACGCAGUUAUGUCCAAAAAUGAAUUGAAAAGUCUCAAAAAGCUGCUAAUUUGAAACACGGUAACCAGUUCUCAUGUGGAUAAACCUGGUCUGAACACACAAACACAUGCUGAACUGUCAACAUGCAUCUGUACAAUACUCCCAUCCUCUGAACCUACACAUGCACGCCUACACUCACGUGCACCUCCUCUCUAAUAAAACGCACAAAUGCACCUACAGUCGCGGCCGCUGGUUUAAAUCUGGCUGUUCCAUCCACCGCUUGUAUAAACGCCUGCCUCUUAGAGAAGCCACAGGACCAGAUCAAUGCCUCCAGUACUCGCUCUCCGCCAACACCUGGGUCUGUCUUAGUUGUCUUGGACCCCUGUCACCCCAGCUCCUUCUACUGUGUUUCAACUAGCUGUUAAAAUAGUUCUUGUCAUCGUCUCGUUCUCCAGUGAGAAUGUACAUACCGACACACGAAAGCAGGCUCAAAAGGAGGUCCUGAGACCUCACAAGGAGGAAUAACUUGAUAAGCUGUAGUCUAGCUUGAUACGUCAGGUCUCUGUUUGACAGGUGAAGUGAGUCCCAGUAUGAAGCCAGAUGAGUGAUCGAGUUAGCUCUCUCUCCACCCCAUGUUGAGGAAUCCUGGACCAGGCUUUGUUCUGUAUGUUGUCAAUUUACUCUCUGAACACAGUCAAGCCAAGACAGUACUCAUUGUCUGUACUAUAUUAUUUAUACAUAUAUAAAUAUAUAUAAAUAUUCAUAAUAUAUAUCGUGUAUUUUAUUUAUUGCGUUCAUCUCCGUCACCGAACCCUCCCCUUUUAAGAUUAGACGCUUCCUCUCUGCAGAAUACGGGUCCGACAUGAAGGAUGGGACCAUCAUUUCUUAAGAUGAACAGCUUUGUAGGGACAGUUUUUAGUUUUAGUUUCAUUGUACGCUAUUUAUGUCGAUAUCAGGUAAAUGAUGUAGUAUAGUUUAAGGAGUGCCGGCACAGGUGAUUAUUUGUUAGGUCACGUCUUAACUUAGAGAUGUCGCUCUGUCAUGUUUAUCCUGCAUUUCAGGCAGAUGACGUGUAGCAUGGGUUUUAACUGAGGAGAGAUUUAGAAGGUGCAAGGUUCAAACUCUGGCCAGAGGUUUGACCUGCUGCAAUCUCUACUGUUUACAGCUGUGACCAGAGCUGAGUGUCACAGGAAACACUGGCACAAAGAUAUCUAUUCACACACACACACACAGACACACAACAUGACACUCUGCUUACUGCUGUAUCACCGGGAGGUUUGCGCUCCCAGAGCUCUCUUCGCUCUACUUGUCUUCUCUGGUCACAGCUAUAGUCAGAGCUUUGAAAAUGUUUUACUAUUAUCAAUAUGGAGUUAUUUAUUUCAGUAUUGUCAUGAGUAUCAAAGUUAUGUGUAUCGUAAAGCCAUGUAUCACUGAGCAGAAGGUUUCUCUGAAGUUGGUUUUGGAGCCUCAAAUCUGUCACAACAGUGUUUUAUUCCCACAAUAAUACUAACUGCUAACAGCUUUGUGGGCCGAUUCCUCUCCUUCCCCUGCAUGUCUACCCUAUGCCUUCCUGUUUUGUGGCCAAGAAAGAACAAUAUGGGCUUUUGUUACCAAAAACAAGUAAACAUGUGGAACUUUUGCGCUUUUUCCACGUCUCAACUGCACCGUAGGGUUCAGUUCAGGGUUAGUGACAUACAAAGAUAUUAUUUGUCUUUUCUGUUUGGUGCACAGAUUGUUUUGGUUUAGAUAUCCAGACAUAUUUGAUUGUCAAAUGCUGAGGGUGACAUUGCACCACACCCAUUACUCAGUAUGGCUACUCAGGCUACAAUGUGGUAGAAAAACUGCACAGCAUGCACUGCUGCUGUUGCUCUCAUCUAACCUGCACGGGCUUGGCUUUACCAGCAUUGCCAGUUAUCAGAGUACAGAGAAAACCUCGGUGUAGUUGAGAGUCGUUGGAUGAGUGUCAGGGAAGCUGCCCACAUUGUUACAAAAAGUCCUCGUCUGUGCAUUCACGUCAUCCUUGCUGCUUCGUGUUUAGCACUUUUGCUCUGUGACUUCCUGCUGUGCCAUUAGUAUUAACAGUCAACCAAAUUAGCCUCUUGCCCUCAUGUGAACCUUAUUUUUGCCUCAUGACCUUACCCUUUCAGAAAGGUUUUUUUUUUAAGGUGCUUACUUAUAUAGGAAAUUGUAAAUGGUCACCACAACUGGACUUUGUGAUUUAAUGUUUUAUUAAAUCUAAAAAUGAUUCUUCUCAAGCAGCAAAUCAACCGAGGGAACUUAGCUCAAAAUGUUUUUGCAGUACUGAGAGCCGGGGAAACAUCCGUGAACUAUUACUGAUACGAUACAUGGUACAGAGGUGAAGUAUCCUAUUAGAUGCCACAGACCGCUCUCACUCUGAUGGGAACAAGCUACAGGCGAGAAACAAAUUGUAAGUGAAGUAAAGCAAAGUUAGUAUGUGAAGAUGUUUUGUGUUGCUCUUGUAAAAGAAUUUGAUAUCCAUAUGUUCUCAUCGGGACCACGUGUUAUCAAUCUGCCUUUUGUUAUAUAUUUUGGAUUAAUAGGUAGUUUUAAAAGUAUGGUUUGUGUAAAGAGUACAUAUCUGCAGGUUGUGGCAAGAAGGAGGUAACCGAGGAAUUAAUUAACCAUAUGAAUGUUUAAAAUUGUUAUUGAAGUGUAUCUUGAUUUAAGCUGCACAUUGUGGACAAAGCCUUAUCUAAAUUGUUUCCUAUCCGAAUGACUGUUUUGUUCUGUCAGUGUGUUUUUCUUUCUCCUCCCCACUGUAAAAUGAAUAUAAAUUGUUAAAUGUGAUCACUUUUAGUUUGAUACGGUGUCCUUUUGUCCUACAGUCGGUGUCACAGAUGGGUUGCACUGGUUUAGCCAUCAAUCGAAAUGCACUUUUUAGACGUUGCUGAGGAAGUCAGAUGAAUAAUAGAUGGAUAUCAGCCUUCCUUCAUUUGAUUCCCACCAUCUUUUUACUGAACUGUGGCCCGUUAAGCUUCCUCUACCACAUUCCCUGUGUGAGCGAGCGCUUCACUUUUCUUAAUCAGUGAUUUUUUUUUUUCUUGCUGUUUUAUUAUCAAUUAAUGUACAGUAAGCCACGGGUAAGAAGACUUGUGAGUCUCGUGGAUGCAGCACCAGCCUUCUCAGACUCAGUCAGACUAUCCGUGUGGACUGAUGUACUGAGAGUGCAGAGUGGGAAGGCUGGCCUAGUUUCAGUAGGAGAAAAAUAAAAGUACACGUUCAUUCAUUGGUUGGUAUUGUUGAGCAGAGCUGCGGCGUCUUGUUCCCCUGGGCUUCUCUUGGGCUCUCAAACAGGAGAAAAUGUCAUUCCCUCACUCUGCGUUUUUACCUGAAGGAGAGAGUUGGUUGUAUGAUAUGAUGUAGACAUUAUAAAUGACCAUUGUUCUCAUCAGCACUAGCGUUGAUUGUGCCAUUUUAAAAAACUGUUAAAAACAAAAAGAUAUCUCAUCACCCCAGCUCUUUGUGGUUCUGGUGCAAACAUGCUGAAGCCAGUACCAAAUGUUUCCUCUCUGACCCAUGUGUACAUUUGACAAACUGGACUGUUUGUAGUUUCUGGUAGCUGUGCUUAGUGAAUGUGUUCACCGUUAAGAAACUAAGAAACUUGGAAUAAAUUGUCAAAUCUGUAAAAGUAAAAUAAAAAUUCAGCACUGUC